AUGGGAACUCCGAAGUUAAGCGAUUUGGGGCUAGAACAAUCUCGGGAUGGGUGGCCCACUGGGAAGUUUCUUGCAGAAGUGGCUACAGCCGAGUUCCCAGAGAUUGUGAAGGCAGUUCAAGAAGCUUGGGAAAAAGUUGAAGAUAAGUAUGCAGUGUCUUCACUUGCGGUGGCUGGUGCUGUUGCACUAUGGGGCUCCACUGGAUUGAUCUCGGCAAUUGAUAGGCUUCCUUCAGUCCCUGGUGUUCUUGAUCUUGCACUUUCCUACUUCUUAUCAACUGCCUUUCUUAUGUAUCUUUGCAGUGGUUUGCAUACAAGAACUUUGUAUUCAAACCAGACAGGUGAGUACAAUUUGCUACAAAAACCUUUAUUGGAGUACAUAAGUAGUUUCUACUAG